GUGACUCAGGGAGGCGGAAGCUCUCCUUCCUGGAUAAGACGGGGUGAGCUGAGUUUUAGAUUCUCAGCUAUAAACUACCUCCUCCUUCAAGGUGAUGGGAUAAUGACGGCCCCAGGGUAUAAAACUGUAGUCCAGGGAGAAGCUUCAGAGACUGAUUCAGAGGAAGAGGUUUACCUGUCCUCUGUGCCUCAGGGUUCAUUCCCCAGCCUUUAUGGGGUGAAAGUCGCUGGAGAAGCUUCUGAAACAGACGAAGAAGAUGCAAGUCCCCUUGGGCCAAAAGCAACAUCUACAUUGAUCAGUCCAGAUUUGCCUCCACUGGUAGUUUUCAGGAAUGACGAUCUGGGCUCUCCUACAGCGGUUGAAGAGAAGCCCGCCCUUCGUAUCCGACACCGCGGUCGCUACAGCACCCUGCUGCAGCAGAAGCUGAUUGAGAGUAAUGCCCGCUUAUACUAUGAUGUCAGCAGCACUGUCAAGCAAGUGUACCAGACAGCCAUCAAAGAGAUUGGAGCCAUUACCGGGCAGCUCAAUAAUUCUCAAAACGGCAUCAUCAACGCCUCGCAUAACAUCCGGCUUGUCCUGGAGGAUUUGCGAGGCGUCGCAGACAAGAUAGACAUCAUUACCAGCUGUAACCUGCUGCCCGAUAUCCAGAUAGAACUACCUCCAGUACACACCUAGCUGGAACAGCCAAUAGGCCCACCAGGUGCUUUUUACACACAGUAGCUCAAGCAGUGUUGGGACUGCGGAGACCCUGGCUGUAAGGUGCAGUAAGAAACUGAAAUGGAGCUGGCUUUUGUCACCUGGUGUUUAGAUCACAGCACUUGCAUAUCCUGUAAUGAUCAGGCCUCACUCUUUCAGUACGGCAGAAUAAAACAAAACAAAACCGCA